AUGGAAAAAAUCGCUGCACAACCGUGGCAGCAGUUUCAUAGAUGCGCCGGUACGAUCAUCGACAAGGUCUGGAUAUUGACAACUCAAGAAUGCGUGCCGGGGGAUGGAAUGCCGAACCUGCGGAGUUCGUUAGUCGUAGUUGCCGGUGUGACAGACCUACGUGCGGCAUCCCUCCUCAAGCAAGUGCGAGAAAUCGCCGAGUCGUUUGUCCACGAUGGUGUGGCAUUGGUGCGGCUGAAACAGCCGCUUGAUUUUGGGAAAAGCGUAAACGUCGUCAUCCUGCCGAGCUCUUCCGAAAAAAUGCUUCGCGAUCCGAAGAUGAUGAAGGCGCUGGGUUUUGGGCAGCCCGAAAAAUCUGUCGAACGCCUCCGUAUCAUUACCGUCAAUGAAGACAAAAAGCACUGCGACGGUGCCGAUCACGUGUUGAACUGCUGGACGGUCAGUCAACCCGGCAUGUGCUUGCAAGAUGACGGCGGCCCUCUGAUGUACCCAUCGCUGACCGGUGAUGUGAAAAUCGUGUACGUUCAGCUCGGGAUCAACAUGUACGCUGGGGACGGCCCUUGCGAUAAACCCGGAGACAAUGCGAUAUUUUUGCGCGUCUCGGAGUAUUGCCAAUGGAUCGAGACAACGGUUGGCCGGAAGGUGUGCCGAGAAUUGGACACCCUU